GGCGGGGAGAGGCGGCCCCGCUGCCCCGUCCAUCCCCCGGCUCAUGCGGCGGCUGCUGCUCCCCACCCCGGAGCGGGGGCUCCGCUCCCGACCCCCGGCGGCAGCGCGGGAGGGGCCGCUCAGGAAGACUCUGUUCCUGUCACCACUCCGCUGUUCCACUGCUCCGUGCCCAGCGGUGAACGGGUGAAGCAAACCUAGAGAGGGACUUCACUCACCUUUUAAUGAAGGUCAAAAAACAGGUCAAACUUGUCAGUGAUUAAUCUCUUCGUUUUACUGCCACUAAACUUACUCUUGAAAUCCCGGGCUGAGAACUCCUCUGCCAAACCUCACUGUUGAGGGCAUUGUUUGUGUGAAUGUUCCAGUGGCAGAGGGGACUGUUACUCCUGUGGGUAACAGAAUUAAGAUAUGUUCUCUCAUGGUCUUUUUUUCUCAAGCCUUGGUGUCAUGUUGAGGGAGGAUUAUGAAAGAGGAAGAAUUCCUUUCUCUCCAACCUCUAGUUCUGGUAGGAAAGGGGCCCUUUUUGGUACAGGGCCAAAUGGAUGAACUUACCCCAAACACAUUCUGUGGUCGAUGAGUCCCAUAUACUUAAUGGAGCUGAAUGUUGUUUAUUCACAGGAUGAUCCAUUUAAGUGAAAUAUAUGGGACAUUCUCGAAAAAUGUAGACAAUUAAGGAACACAUUUUUAGUCAAUCUUGAGUUCUUUUGAAUAGUCUUAAGAGAACUGGAAAUAGCAGGCAAAGCACUGGUGUCAAGUGACAGCAUUAUAAAUAAUACAUUCACAGUAAACACAGACUCACACUCAGUUUUGACUGUGCAUCUUAUAGAUGAAGCUUCUGCAAGCUGUUUCUGGGUGAUAAUUUGUUUACUUCUUUAAAAGAGCCCUACCAAAAUAAUAUUUCAUUUAUGUUGUGUAUGUUCUUUAUCCGUGAGGCACAGUUGAGUUGUUUUGAUAAUUGAUAUCAUCAGAAUAAAUGUUGUUUCAGGACAAAUAUUAAAAUUGCUGAUAGGGUGUGGACAUUGAGAAGCCCUUCAAUCCUUAUUUGUCUGCCUGUGCAUUGGACUGUGGUGGAAAAAUGGUUAUAAACUGUAGAGAAGUUAAAUACCUGUCCUGAGCUGAGCCAAACUUCUUAAGGAGUUGCAGCUUAAACAGAAUGUUUGACAAUGCAGGGUACCUACUUAUCCAUGUUUAUUAGGGUGUUAAACAGGGUGUAGAAUUCACCUGCAAAUUUUGGUGAAAGAAGGCUGUAUAUCUGCACCCUUUAUGAAACAUUUGUUUAGUCAACAAAUAAACGCACCAGAUGUGCUCGUGCAAAUAACCCUUCUCUUUUUAUAUUUCAUAGUGAUUUGAGGGAAGGAGCUUGCAGGGUUAGAGCUAAAGCCUCUGGUAGUGGUUGUGCCUUUGUUCUGGCGUUGUGAUGCUGCUGGAGAUGCCACAGCAAUCCUGGAAACAGGGAUUUUACAUAACGCAGCAUAAAGGGAACAGCGGGGUUUCUCCUCUUUGCUGCUCUGCUCUUUCAGUUGUUAUUUUUACAGAGCAGCUGGUUAGUCCCUCCCGUGCUGCGACUGAAGGUGGACUAUGAAAGCCUCGUAGGUGCUGCUCCGUGCCGGAAAGGAAAUGGAUAAUUAGGAUAAUAAGCAGAAUUAAAUGUGUGUCAGAUGGGCGCGUUCAUGUGCGAUGGGAUGUGAUGCGGUGGGCACGGAGACAUCGGGUUUCUCCGGCUGGUUGGAACUGGAAAAUUUCCCGGGCAAUGCUGAGCGCAGCCCUGCCGGUGCCCGUCCCUGCUCCCGGCGAGCGGCUGAAGGUGACAGACGGAGCGCGGGUGUCGCCCGGCGCGGGGCCAAUGGCAGGACGUGUUCCUGCAUCCCGCCCAUGGCGAGGGACAGGCUGGGACAGCGGCCACCCAAAUCCACCCAGCAAAUGACAUUUUCCUGCAAAAGCGCGGCGGAGCCAAUCGCUCCCUGCACUGUGCAGCCAAUGGAUGCCGGGCUCUUACCCAGCCACUGACAGCGGCUCCGGGGCUGGAGGGCCUGGGGACAGCUCCGCCAAGCGCAUUCCCGCACAGCCCGAGCCCCCGGUGCGUGAGUGCCAUCCGUGCCGUGAUUCAUUUCCCGAGGACAGCGAUGCCAUUGUGAACCCUCGGGCUGACGCGGGGAGCGAACGCGUCCCGCCCGCCACCGACCCGCGGCUGGCGGGGACAGCCCGAGGUGAUCUGGGGUUUGUGUUCCCGUUCAGCAGUGCCACGGCUGCCUACCCAGCAGACCUGCUCCCGAGAGCCAGAGGGAUGGUGGUAGUUACGGGGCAGAACAAAGUGAGUGGAAACCCGGAUGAUGCCAUGUCGAGCUCGGAUGCAGAGGAUGAUUUCCAAGAGCCGGCCACUCCUACUGCAACCCAGGCAGGACAAGCUCUACCUCUGCUGCCCCAGCAGUUCCCAGAAGUUGUCCCCCUGAACGUGGGCGGGAUGCACUUCACGACGAGGCUGUCCACGCUGAGGCGGUACGAGGACACCAUGCUGGCAGCCAUGUUCAGCGGCAGGCACUACAUCCCCACGGAUGCUGAGGGCAGGUACUUCAUCGACAGAGAUGGAACCUACUUCGGAGACAUACUUAACUUUCUGCGCUCUGGUGACCUGCCACCAAGAGAACGAGUGAGGUCAGUUUACAAGGAAGCUCAGUAUUAUUCCAUAGGACCCUUGCUAGACAAUCUAGAGGAUAUCCAGCCUCUGAAAGGAGAAAAAGUUAGACAAGCUUUCCUGGGCCUAAUGCCAUAUUACAAAGAUCACUUGGAGCGGAUCAUCGAAAUAGCGAAGCUCAGAGCUAUGCAGAGGAAAGCAAGGUUUGCCAAACUGAAGGUCUGUGUCUUCAAAGAGGAGAUGCCCAUCACCCCCUACGAGUGCCCCCACUUCAACUCCCUGCGUUUCGAGCGGAGUGAGAGCGAGACCAAGCUGUUUGAGCACCACUGUGAGGUGGACGUGUCCUUCGGGCCCUGGGAGGCCGUGGCUGACGUGUACGACCUCCUGCACUGCAUCGUCACAGACCUGUCCGACAGGGGCAUCACGGUGGACCACCAGUGCAUCGGCGUGUGUGACAAACACCUCAUCAACCACUACUACUGCAAGAGGCCCAUCUAUGAGUUCAAGAUCACCUGGUGGUGAGUUGUUUUGUCCGGGACGGCGCGAGGGAUAAGAGCACUUCUGGGUGACGGUUUUUGGUAAUUUUUUGGCGACGUGUCUCUGGACGUGCAUUGCUGCUAACGUUCCUCGGCAUCGCUCUGCCGGAGGCUGGGCCGAGCUGCUCAGCGAAGGGAACCUGUUGCAGAGGUUAAAGAACCUCUGGAAUCUUGAAAAAAAAAAACCAGCCUGAAAUCAGACUGUUGGCUCAGGUACCUUAACGAGGCACAACACAAGAAUCACCUCAUGGAAAUGGUGGAGGGGAGUGUUUGACGUCUUCUCAAAGGUGCCCCCAACCCCAGUCUGCAGAGUGGAACUGCAGAUCUCUCCUGCUUUUUUGGGAAGCUGGGGUGCUAAGGAUGCUGACAUGUGGUUCAGUUUUACCCACUUAGAGCUGUUUUAGUUCCUUCUUUAACUCAUCACUUUAUAAAAUUGAGUAAUACCCAGCACAAAGGUUCUGGAAAUGUGAUUUUGAUGUAAUAGAUAAUUUAAAAAAGGGAAAAAAAAGAAGUGUUCCCUAUAUAUUAUUAAUUGUUGUCAGGAUUAAGCUGUUUUUUUUUUUUUAAUUAAGGAUUUGCAUUGUGAAUUAUAAUGUUAUAUUUCGAUUAUUAUCAUUGUUAUAACAAGGAAUAGCAGAUUUGGAAUAUAUUCCUUAAUGCUUUUAGGAAUAAUAACUGUCCAUGGAAGACUUGUGCCUGUUUUUAGCCUUAGAAAUUCUAAAUGUUUACAAUAUCUACAAAAAAAAAAGAAGCUCUGUAGAAUCAGGUCAUUUACAAAGGCUUUUGGUAAAUGAGAAAACCCUAUAUGUAUGUUCCUAUUAGCAGAAGUAAGAGGAAUAUUUAAUGUAUAUUCUUUUAUUACUGACUCUUUUUACAUUCUGUGAUAUUAAACUUUGUUCUAGAGUUGAAGUCAGAUGAUACUGUACAAGUGCUUCCUUCACCUCACCUUCUUCAGACCAUUAAUUAAGUCUUAUUUGUAUCAUUCUUGUUGACCCCUCCUGGUGUCAUUUAAGGAAAAACAAAAUUCAGCCUUCCCAUUCAAAUACUUCUCCAGUUAUAAAUCAGGAUAUCUGGGUAGUAAAUCCCUUCCCAUGCUGGAAGAGGCAGCCUCUGCAGGAUCACAUUCUUCUCAGAAGGUGAUUGUUGCACUUCUGACAUCCAAAGCUGAAUUACCUGAUGUCCAAAACGGAAAGGGAGAUCUAAACAUCUGCAGAUAUUAAUUGUUUUGUGAGGUACAGGAAACUCUACUGUUUUGCUACAAUACCCCACUUGAAGGGGCUUCCAAAUAAUCUUAAGGAGAGAGAGAUAAAGUAAAUAUUUGCAUAUUGCAUUCCAUUGGAUUGGAUAAUCCAAGAAUAUCACCUAAUUAAACUUUUGACCAAAACGCUUAAGAAACACGGUAAUUACAGUGAUCAAAACUCUUAAUUACCUGAGGUGAUUCUUAGAAUCAUUCUAAAAACCUUAUGAUCAAAUUGUCUGGCAAAGAAAGAGGCAAAUUGUUUGCACUGUCACGCUUUCAGGCAUUUAAUUUAGCAAUUGUUAGUAAAUUGUCUGUCUGAAGUGGGGGCUCUGAUGAUCUCUUUGCCAAUGUUUACUGACAGAGGAUCGUUGUCAAGUGCUGACUUUGAGUCCAGAGCUUAAAUUUGAAACCGAGGGAAAGAGGGAAUUAAGUGAAUUUGGAUCUUAAGACUGUUUAAAUUGUUUUCUUAAAUAUUGGCCUUUGUGCUACAAGUUCUUGUAUUCGUGUUUGGCAGCCCAAAAUUAAGAGUUAGACUAGUAAAGCUUUGCUGGCUUCAUUUAUUGUUAUUUAAUUUUUUUCAGGGAAUCUUAAACUGCAAACCACAAUUUCUUCUAAAAUUACAUAAGAUCUUAAAGCUGAGGCUUACAAAGUUUUGGCUGCUUGUCCACUUCAACAUUUGAGUAUAGGAUUUUUAGCAUAGUUUAUUUAGAGAUUAUAACAAGAAUUGCAGUUUUACUGUGGUUUUUGUUGGGGUUUUUUUGCCAUUUCUCAUAUGUGUAUUUACACAGGACAGAACUCUGGUUUGAAUUUCAGCACCAUUUGCAGAAUCAGACACAGUCUGAUUUUUAUCAGUGUGUUUUUUGGUUUGGCUUUAAGAACUUUCUCACUGGUUUUAUAGAGAAGCUGUGACAACAAAACUCCUGUUUUGGUCAUGUUUGCUAUUUCUUAAUAUGCACAUGCUGAUAUUUUAUUACUUUUUCCUUUUCAUUGCUUAAAAAAAGUAAGGAAAAACUACCUACCCAAAAAGAUGAAAUGAAAAUCUUGGUCUGUGUAUCAGCUGCACCUUAAUCAAAGCUCUCAUCCUUGCAGUCCUCCUGGAGGCAGCAGACACUCAGUGCAACACUGGAAAGGAAAACAUGGAUUUAAAAGCCCACGUGCUUUCAUUAAACAUCCGUUCUGGGCUGUGAUUUGGGCAGGUUUCACCCUGUUUUUAUUGACUACACUUGCUCUAAGCAGUCUUUGUUUACAAUGAUUGAGGUGAUCUUGCCUAAUCUGUGCUCGUUUUCUGACAGAAGCAGAGGAGUUGUGCAGGAGGAUGGCAGGGGAGUAGGAUCUAAUCACUGCUUUAUGUAACAUUAUUGACUUUUCUUGGCGUGUAGCAUAACUUUUGAAAUUCUCCAUUUGCAACAGACAUGUGAGUAGCUCAUCUACUAAAUCCAUGUUUACCAGGGUUGGUUUUGUAUGUCAUGGAUGCUUUAGAAUUGUCUAAUUAAACUAAAUGCCUAUGGAAUAACUGCUUUUUCUUUCUUCCCUUUUAAGACUUUUCUUUAUAUCUGGCCAGACCAGAGCUUUGCUAGAACAUAUUUGCCUAUUUCUCCAUGCUUCUCUUGGCUUUUUUGACACUUUAGCAUCUACAAAGCUACUUUUACAUCUCUCAAAUCCCUGUGUUUGUGAGCUGACACUGGAAACAAAUUGGGCACAGCAAAUAGUCUCAUGUCAUCAACAUAACCUUGCUGUGAAUAUCAUGUUUGCAGAUCAUUAAAAGUGCAUGUCCAUGUAGCUGAUUCAGUUUGAAGCACAGACAUUUUUUAUUUCAUGUUCUGAGACUGGAUACAGGCCCUUUUUCCAUUUGGUUCCAAGUUGAUUCACAGGAACACACAUAUUUCAAUUAUCUUUCCCCCCCCCCCCCAUAAAUAAGUCUCAAAUAUUUUCAAAGCCCAGAUCACACCCCUGGGUUGCAGUGAUUAUUCUGCUUUUAUGAAUACUGGUGGGACAGCUGAGGGAUACUUAUUUAAAAUCAGAAUUGUUAGCUAUUUUUUAAUGUUGCUGUGUGUCUGAACAGAAACAUGACAAGACUAAUCUUUUUAACAUUCCCUCUGGAACAUUUAACAUUCCCUCUGGAAUCCACUGUCCAGUGGUUUGUAACAGGGAGCAAAGGGAGCUCUAACUAUCAGUUCUCAUCUUAAAUGACUUGGCCAAUUCCUCAGCACAUUCAGCAUUUCUGCAACUGUUUUACACUUGUAAAAUAGGAAGGGAAAAAAGGAAAAUUUAAAAAAAAGAAGGGAAAUAACUCAUCUUUCUGAAUCACUCAGAAUGACUUGAAAAUGUAUUUAUGCUCAGCAGCCACGUAAUGACUGUUGAUAUCAAGAGCUUAAAAAAUAUAUAAAAAUAACCUUUGAGCUUGGUGUGGGCUUCUUAACUUGAACACCCAGUACCCUACAAAGGGAUCUGAAAUACUCCUUGCUGAACUUCCACCCUCCUUGGAAGACAGUGAAGGUGCUGCCAGCUUUGAUCUGGGAAGCCUUUGAGCCAUAAACAGACUCUCUGUGGUCCUCGUGGUACACGUUUUCUUCUGAGACUGCUGCAUUUUUUUUUUAAUUUUAAAACUUAUUUUAACCAAAACCUGUAACGAGGGAUCAGUUUCUGCACUGAUGAGGGUGUGAGUUCUUUGGUUUGUUUCGGAGCACUUCAGGUCUUAGUUACCCAAGUAUCAAAAGCAGCGAGUUAUUGCAGCAGGAAGUUCUGCAUGACCCCCUUUUGAUGGAUUUUUUAAAAAGUUUUUAGGAAGUGUGCCUGGGAGACACCUCAUAAUGUAAUAUAUGCAAAUACCUGAACUUGUUAAUGUGAAUAUUUUUGAGAUUUUGUGGUUCAGUUUUGUAAUAUUCUCCCCUGAAACUAGCAAGCUUGUUAGGGGUUGAGUUAAACACUGGGUUUCUGAUAAGCCAGUUUAUGCCUUAGAUAUCUCCUGCCCUCAUUUUGUAAAAUCACUCAUCCCAAAGGCGUUUGAUGUAGGAAAGAGUCAAGGCUGUUACAGUUACAGGAAAACCAGGAAUCUUCCUUGAUUCUCAACAGUGAGCCAUUAAGAGAAUCAGGGCUUGUUAAUCCACUCACACUCUCCAUUCUUUGCUCUGGUGGUCUCAGGGCUGGGUCUGGCCUUGAAGGCAAAACUCAAACACUUCUGUCAUGAGGAAGGAGCUGAUCUGCACAAGGACCUAAUCUGGCCUUUGCUGAGUGAUUGUUAAAAUUCCUGCAAACUGAAGGAUGUGGAUAUUUUAAACUGUCCCAAGCAAUAGCUUCGUUAAACCCUCAUCUGCUCUGAGCCAAUGGAUGUGUUGUGAGGGCUUGGCCAGGUCUUUCAGUUGUGCUUCUCGGUGUAUCUGUGUUUUCCCAGUGGAACCUGAAGCCCAGUGAGGUUGCUGCUCAUGUCCAGGGAAUUGUUUCAGAGGUGUCCUGAGCACGAGCUGGAUUUUGGAAAUACGAAAGUGGGAGGGAAUUAGUUCUGCAGUGCAUUCCCCAGGGAUGAUCCUCACUACCUCUAAAGGAACACUUUGGUGAGAUCCUGAUCCACACUCCCCCACAUCUCCCUUUGUUAGCUGAAGUGUAAGAGGCAUGAGGAGAUGAACUGAACACUCACAGUGAGAUAAUGACUCUGACUGGAUCCCCUUUCUCUGACCAUGCAAAUGUACAACUCCAUGUGCAGGAAAUUUAUUACUUCUCUCUGCUGCACCCUCAGAUUUGUUUGCAAGGUGAAUGCUCAGUCUGUUUUAAAAUAAAAGGUUGUUUUAAUAUUGCAACAUAGUGACUGAUAAAGAAUCAGUGAAAAUCUUACUACUGUCCAAAGUACCUGAGUAAGUCAAUUAAACUAAUUUAUAGCAUAAUCACUUCAAUUUCACUCUUCUCUCUUUUUUUUUUUUUUUUUUAAAUAAAGACUUAAGAAAUGUAAACUUACUUCUUUUAAGGGCUUACAGCUGUUUCAUAGGAAUAUGCAUUCAGCCUAAGUAGCUGUAUUUUGGGGGGAGAGCUUUGUUUUAUUACUUGCUAUGAGCUAAAGAAUAACUGCAUGAUCCCUCAUCUGUUUGGGUUUUUUUUUCCUUAAAGAACUAAUUACUGGUAUAAUUAAAGGUCAUGAUUUUCUAGCUUCAUUUGGCAUUUGCAAGCCCUGGGAACCAGCUUUAUUCUUACUGCUCAUUGUUCUUCAUAGAUGACGUGGGACAGGUGCUGUGAUGAGGAAGAUGAUGGAAGUGCCAGCAGGGAAAGGCUCCUGUCAGAGCUGGUGGUUUCCACUGCAGGGUAUUCUUUGGGUUUGAUUUCAGCUCUUGUUCUGUGUGAGGCAGAGGAACCUUCAGCACCAUUUGUGUGAGCUCAGUCUGUCAGAAUUCCUGGCAACUUCCACUGGUCCAUUUCUGUGGGAGUUCGUUGUGUUGUUGAUUCUGGGAGUUAAAAGGGUGUGAAAAUCCAGUGAGUUGCAGGGUAACACUGCUUGAAUUUUGUGCCACAGCUGGAUCUUUCUGCAUGGCAAAGCAGAGUAAUCAUUUGGGACACAACUGCAGGACAGGUAGAAGAAGACUUCAGAGCAGGGACUGUAGAAAAAUGAUCUCUUGACUCCCCAUAAAACUCUGGGAUAUAUUUCUUUCACUUCUGUCAUUUAAUAACUACUUUACUCUGGGCAAUUUAUAGACCCCACUGGCUUUAAGUUGUGGUUCCUGAAGUUGUACACAUCUCUUUGGUCAUUUGUAGGGAAACAAUUGUAAAUGUUUUCAGGUCAUUCAUACACAGCAGAGAGGACCCAGGAUGGUUCUGAGUUUUGGGCUAUGGAAACAUAAUUUCACUUAACAGAAUCCCCCCCCCCCCAGUCUUUCAUUAUCUUUCUGCAAAUAAGCUGAUUUCAGUGGGUAAUUAUGUUCUGUUUAUUAUCUCCUGUGUGUAGUUCUCUAACUGGAAAUCACUUUCCAGAACAGCAGUUCUUAGUCAUUUUACUUACACAAGCUUAGUAUAAGUUUACCUCCACUUUCACUGUGACUUUUAUAAAUGGAUUUUGUUUUGCUGAAUUCUGAAUUGUAUGUGUCUAUGCAUUGUAACCCGUAAUGCCUUUGAAAAUCCAGCCUGGAUGCUAACGAUCAGGGUUUGGAAUUCUCUCCAAAUGUGUUUUGUUUAUAAUUCUGUUGACGUGUGAUGUUCAAUACUGUGAGUACUGCAGUGUAUUAUUUCUUAAUACUUUUGACUUUUCAGUUCGGGUAAUAUAUAGUCUAUGUUUUUUAUUUAAAACACAUAGAAGAAAAUGUGGAUAUAAAUUUGUGUUGUGCAAUAAAAGAUUAUU